UCAUAGUUGUUUUUCUUUUAUAAAUUGCAUUUUUGCGACAAAUACGAUUACGGAAUAAUUAAAUUACAUACGAAAUCGUGCUUUCAAUGAAAUUUUUAAAAAGUUUUUAUUAAAAUUCCGUUCAUAUAGAUCAUAUGCCGUACAAUGGCUGUUCAAUUAGAUCCUAGUGUCAAAGAUGAUUUAAAAACUCAAUUUGUUACUCGAGAAGGUACUUAUCGAUUGAUGACUUUGUCAGAGUAUUCUCGACCGAAUCGCGUAGGAUACACGAAUAGUCAAAGUUCACCACAAGUUAGAGUUUCAAUUGUAACGUUACCAUCAAUAAAUCAGUCUGAAGGAGUUAGCGGCAUAUCUUCCAAUGCAAAUUCGUCAUCUGUGCAACAGCAAAACCAAGGAGGAAGUGCUUCUUCUGACGGUGUAUCUAAUAAUCCUAAUAUAAAUAAUAGUAGGCAAGUUUUAAUAUCCGGAGGUGGUACAGUUUCAACAGCUCCACUUGAUUGCAGAUUAAAUAGUCUGCCAAUACAUGCGUCAGGUGCAGCGAAUGAUCAGAAUGGUAUGAUGAAUGGGAGCCCAUUUUAUGGAGGUGAUCGAAUUUGUUUUAACUUUGGAAAAGAAUUAUACGUUUAUGCAUUUCGUGGAGUAAAAAAGGGUACUGAACUAAGUAAGCCAAUUGAUAAGAAGUUAUACAAAGGAACAAAUCCAAGCUGUCACGACUUUAAUUUGAAAAGUGCGACUAUUGAAGGUGCCCCCUUGUUAGUUGGAUUUACAACUGGACAGAUUCAACUUGUUCAUCCAGGAAAACGGGAACAGGGGAAAUUGUAUAAUGAAGAAAGACUCAUCGACAAGACAAAAGUUACCUGUUUAAAAUGGUUGCCCAAUUCUCCAAAUUUGUUUUUAGCAUCACAUGCUUCUGGUCACUUGUAUCUUUACAAUGAAGAGUUACCGUGUAGUCCUACAACACCAAAUUAUCAACCAUUUAAACUUGGAGAUGGGUAUACAAUUCUUACUUGCAAGUCUAAGUCAACACGGAACCCUUUGUACAAGUGGGUUUUUAGUACAGAAAAUUGUAGUAUAAAUGAAUUUUGUUUUUCACCAUGUGGAUCUAACCUGGCGAUUGUGUCACAAGAUGGAUUUUUAAGAGUAUUUCAUUAUGAUACAAUGGAAUUGCUGGGAAUCGCUAGAUCUUACUUCGGAGGAUUUUUAUGUGUUUGUUGGUCGCCAGAUGGGAAAUACAUCGUAGUUGGAGGUGAGGAUGAUUUGGUUACGGUUUGGUCGUUAAGUGAACGUCGUGUGGUUGCAAGAGGACAAGGUCAUCGCUCAUGGGUUUCUGUCGUAGCUUUCGAUCCGUAUACCACAUCAUACAACAAUUGGGAUGGGGGAGAUUUUUCCGAUGAUGAGAAUCCAAUGAAUGACAUUAGCAGUAGGUACUGUUCUUCAAACGAUGGUUUCGAAAACAGUGAGAAGAACGGAAAUAACGGAAGAAGACCUAAUUCUUCGACUAUUCGUGAUAGUUUAAGCCAACAGCAUGAUAAGUUAGCUAUCUGUUAUAGGUUAGGGUCUGUCAGCCAAGAUACUCAAUUGUGCCUGUGGGAUAUAACGGAAGACGUUUUACGACAUUCUAUCCCUUUACGACAGCGAAAUUCUAGCAUAAACGCUAACAGUAAUACUACUAAUAAUUGUGGUAGCGGAUCAUCAGGUUUGAUGUCGGGAUCCACUGUAAACGAUAAUUAUCAAUUGGUUAAUGGAGAGUUACCAAAUGAAAAUUUUAAAAUUUUAAAACCAAUAACAUCGGUGGCUUCAGCUAAUAUUGCAAAAUCAAAUGAUGAUGCUUGUAAUAACACAAGUUCGAAAAAUAGUAGCAACUCAAGCAAAUUUUCUACAGCUAAUUGCAUAACAUCAGACUCAGCCAGCUGUAGUUCAUCUGGAAUUAACAACGGAAGUGAAAAUACUACUACAUUAACUAGUAAACAUAGCAACAGUAAAAAUAAUAGUAAUUUAAACAAAUUGACUAAUUGCAUUAAUGCGACGAAAUCCCCCUCAGACACAUUAGAUAGCAAUUGUGGUUACACUAUAACCAUAAUUCGAAAUCCUGGUAACCCUUCAAAAUCAUCAGAAUAUUCCAUUGGAGGCAACAACGGGACUGGCGGUUUAUCUGCGUUCAAUAGUAUAACUCAACGUUUAACGAAUUUUAGUUUUAGUAGCGACAAAAACCAUCAUAAUCAUCUAAAUAGUGUAAAUUCAACUAAUCGCAAUCAUAAUCGUAAAACAUUUAGUUUAUCAAAAUCAAGUGGGAAUUACCAUACAUCCAAUUUAUUACAAAAUAGUUUAAAUAGUCAAAAUACAGAUAAUUCUAAUACAAUUUUAGCAAAUAAGCAUUUAAAACUAAUUUCAUCCUCUGGUACUACUAAUCCUUCAAAUUUCGUGGGCUCAUGUUCUGUUGGAGCUAGUUCAUCUUCAUCAAGUUCAAGUGUGAUGACAUCAUACGAUCCAAUGAAAUUGAUAGGAACUCCAGCGUGUCCGCGUUUUGAUGAGUGUCCAAUAUUAGAACCUUUAAUAUGUAAAAAAAUCGCCCACGAGCGUUUAACGGCUUUAAUUUUUCGUGAGGACUGUUUUCUCACUGCAUGUCAAGAUGGAUUUAUAUAUACUUGGGCAAGGCCUGGAUAUUCGAAUGUUCCCCAACAUAUGUCACCUAAUCCCAGUAUAACUCCAGGAGGAACUGUAGUUUAAACUUAAUAAUUUUCUCAACUAAAAAGAUAGCUUCAGGAAUUAAUUAAAUGAAGUCAAGAUGUAUAAAUAUAAAUCAUAAGCCGUUUUAAAAAAUUUUGAUAUAUUUCAUGAAACAAGCAUAUUCAUAUUUAUAAGUAAACAAAAAAUAUUGACUUGGAAAGUGAAAUAAAACUUUACAAAACUAAAACUAAUUAAAUUUAGAGAUAGUAUUUAAGUAUAAGCAAGAACAUCCUUUACAUUUUUGCAAUAACUGUUAGUUAUUGAUAUUUUUAUUUAAUUUUUGUUCAAAUAAAU